AUGGCAGUAAACCAAGUCAACGGUAUUGAUACGGAGGUUACAGCACCCAUCAACGGCGACACCAAAGACUACAUUAGCAGCGCAGCAAAAGAGGUAGCACAGCCAGAAGCGCAGGUGGUAUCCAGCGAACCGACCACUACAGCCACCCACACCAACGGCAUGCCCUCAAAAUCUAAUAUCGGUGUCUUCACCAAUCCUGCUCACGAUCUCUGGGUCGCCGAAGCCGCCCCUUCAUUAGAAGAUGUCAGCGCAGCCAAGGACUUGAAGGAGGGUGAGGUAUACAUCGCUGUCAAGAGCACUGGUAUCUGCGGUUCUGAUGUGCAUUUCUGGCACGCCGGCUGCAUUGGCCCCAUGAUUGUGGAAGGCGAUCAUAUCCUGGGCCACGAAUCGGCCGGCACAGUGCUCGCUGUGCAUCCUUCGGUUAAGGACCUCCAGCCCGGCGACCGUGUUGCAAUUGAGCCUAAUAUCCCCUGCCAUGCAUGUGAGCCCUGCCUCACUGGUCGCUACAAUGGCUGCGAGAACGUCCUCUUUCUGAGCACGCCUCCCGUCGAGGGCCUGCUUAGGCGAUACAUCAAGCACCCUGCGGUUUGGUGCCACAAAAUCGGGGAUAUGAACUUUGAGGAUGGCAGUCUGCUCGAGCCACUGUCUGUGGCGCUGGCCGGUAUGGACAGGGCAGGUGUGCGGCUUGGUGACCCCGUCCUAAUCUGUGGCGCCGGCCCCAUCGGCCUAGUGACGCUACUGUGCGCUGAGGCUGCCGGGGCAUGCCCCAUUGUCAUCACAGAUAUCGCUGAAAGCCGUUUGAAGUUUGCCAAGGAACUCUGUCCCCGGGUCAGCACCUUCCAGAUUCCCAUGGGUAAGACACCUGAGGAGUGUGCGGAUGGCAUUAUCGAGACCAUGGGAGGUAUCAGACCCCGUGUUGCGAUGGAAUGCACGGGCGUCGAGUCCUCUGUCGCAUCUGCCAUCUUCAGCAUGCGCUUUGGAGGCAAGGUCUUCAUCAUUGGCGUAGGCAAAAACGAGAUGAAGGUGCCAUUCAUGAGACUUUCUACGCAAGAGAUUGAUCUACAGUAUCAAUACCGGUACAGCAAUACCUGGCCCAAGGCCAUCAGAUUGGUGCAGAGCGGUGUUAUCAAGAUGGACAAGCUGGUCACGCAUCGUUAUAACAUGAGUGAUGCGAUAGAGGCGUUCAAGACCGCCGCCGACCCCAAGACUGGGGCGAUCAAGGUGCAGAUUAAGAACGAUGACAGCCUAUGA